UUGUGCUUGUUGCACAUCGCAAAAUUUUAUUUUUGUAAUUUAAAUUUAAUUAUGAAUAGAGUUUUUUUAAACAUAUUAUUAUACACCACGUGUAUGGACGUGAUGGACACACAAAGUUGAAGGCCCGUGAAAUUAUUGACUUUGUACCAGAGACAUUCCAUAAUCUCGCUAUUUCCGAGUUCUUACGAGUGUUAAAAUAUUUUGGUGAACUGGAAAAAUUUAAGGAUUGAUGAAUAGCUUCGUGGGCUGGUCACAAUGUCGGACGCAAGCGAAGACAAGAAGCGCGUCAAACCCAACAUAACGCUCCCCGAAGUCCUGUGUACGGACCACACAGACUACACAGAGACCAUCCAAACUAACACCAUCCCGUCUUCGGACUCCAAGCUAUCCCUGCCAUCUAAACUUGGCACACCCACUUCCCCCUUGAAAAUAUCGACUCCUUUGUCUUUGCCGACUUCCCCCACUCCGUUUAUAAAGACCUCUCUAAAUACGCGAUCCAACAGGUCUCUAGAUGAGCCCACUCAACCUUCAGAUGAAAAGAAGCUCUCCGGCUCGGCUACAGGCAACCCCCGCAACAAGUGCGCGCUGCAGCCUGGUCACAGUCUCAUGGACUGGAUCCGGCUCGGCAACUCCGGCAAGGACCUCACCGGCGUGGGCGGACGCCUUCGGCCAGUUUCUCCGGUCGAGCUAGCUGCACAUAACACACAGAAGGACGCAUGGUUAGCGAUAAGAGGGCGAGUCUACAAUAUCACACACUAUUUACCUUAUCAUCCUGGAGGUCCGGAAGAACUAAUGCGGGGUGCCGGUAUCGAUGCUACAGAAUUAUUCAAUAAAGUCCACGCGUGGGUAAACUACGACUCGCUCCUGGCCAAGUGCCUCGUGGGACCACUGAGAUACGACGUCCCAGACGCCGAGGAACUCUUUGACACCGCCAGCAUAAAAUCCGACCGCCUUCAGCCUUCCAAAGCCCAGGAGUUAGUUAGGAAAUCAAUGGAGAACAUAGCCAAUUGCAUAACGCCGGUGCGGAAAAAAAUCACGGCGAAGAGCGAAGAGAAUGUCAAAGGGAGUCCGCCCAGCAAAAUCAUGCAGAGUCUGAUCAUGUCCAGCGAUUUACCGGUCUCGAUAAGCCGGAGAGCCGCCUUUUCCCCGCUUAAAUCGGAAAAAACAAAGGACGCUCCGCCCCAAUUGAGGUUUGAUUGGAUUCAAACUUCGGCCAAGAUUACCCUGUCAAUUUAUACGGGCGCCCUGUCGAACCCGGGCGGCUGUGCGAGCUUAAACGACGGUGUCCUCUUAAUAGAAAUAGUGACGAAUGGCUGGCUGAGAACUGUCAAGUUGAUUCCCGAGGAGCGACUGAAGGAGCCUUUACAGUUGAGGGUGUAUUCCGAAAGUGGGAAAAUUGAGGUGAUAGCGCUAAAAGAGGAAUCCAAAGUGUGGAAGAACUGCGGCACCACCUCGUUCAGCGUGCCCGUCCACUUCCAAACCCCUCGCUCCAUGAAGUGUCGGGUGAUGCACACCGCGCCGGUGUCGCACGACACCACGUUGUUGGUGCUGGCGCCCUGUGCUGGGCCAGUGCUGGUGCCGCUGGGACACCAUGUGCGAGUGCAUGCUACUAUUGAUGACACGGAAUGCGUUCGCUCCUACACCCCCAUCGGGGACCACUGGGACAGCUUCGGCAGCGAGCUGAGCGCCCUCAAGCUGGCGGUGAAGCGGUACGAGGCGGGCGUAAUGUCCACACACCUGACCGCGCUGAGGCCGGGGGACGCCCUCACCGUGUCCGGGCCCUACGGCAACAUGGAGCUGCAGAAGUUGAAACAAGUGAAGACGGCGUUGUUCAUAGCCGCCGGCACCGGUAUAACGCCCAUGUUGGGUCUGCUUCGGUUCGUCUUGUCGAGAACUAACCCUAAAUGUGAGCGGAUACACUUGCUGUUCUUCAAUAAGACGGAAAAGGAUAUCAUAUUCAGAGAAAAAUUCGAAGAGUUGAGGCUACAAGACGAAAGAUUCAACGUCGUGCACGUAUUAUCAAACGAGCCUUCCUGGGAAGGGCAUAGAGGAAGAAUUUCGACGGAAAUUCUCAAGGAGGUUAUAGAUAAAGAGACUAACAGUGAGUACUACAUCGCAUGUCUGUGCGGCCCUACGGAGUUCACUCAUACUGGAGUGGAUUUGCUGAAGAAAUGCGGCUUGAAUGAGGACCGCAUACAUGCGUUCAUUGGUUAACGGCCUUGUAACUUAAAAAAAAGUUUGUGUUACAGUAAAAUCGUAAAUACCGCUAGAUUUUAAAAUUCCUUUGUGAUUAUGAAUAGUUUGUUUGUGAUUUUUAUUUGAUUUCGUUUAAAUCUUAGACCUUAUAAAUAAAUAACCCUACCAUUAUAAAAUCGUCGCUGGUUUAGGUUAAAAUUGAGGCUCUGUUUUUUAAUUAAGUAACAGUAAGUAAUUUAUCGUGUA